AUGGCCGAGAUUAUAAGUGAUACUGAAUCAAAAAAUUCUCAAGAAAACGUAGAUGAUAAUGAACUAUCAGUUUCAAGAGAAGCCAGUAAUAGUAAUUUAACAGAAGCAAGCAAUAGCAAUUUGACAAAGAAAAUAGAUAUUAUUGCGAUCAUUGCAUGUGAUAAAAGUUAUAAGGCUGCUAAAGAUAGUUCAACUUCUACAUUAAGGGGCCAUAUUGCUUAUGAACAUAAACAAUUGGAUUCAGAAAUAUCUACUUCAGGACCAUUGGAUAAAUUUGUUAAAUCAAAAACAGCAUUGGCAU